AUGGGCCGCUUGGCACGCCUGGCGAAAGUCGUGGAGCGCGCAUGGGUUCGCGAUGCUCGCGAGGCCGUAGGCACGGAAGGCCAGGUCGCCCAGCUGCGCAGCUAUUGGCGCGGACCACAACACGGGGAGUCCGCGCGGGGGGCGCGCCGCCUGGACCUGGUGGUCUACGGGGCCACGAGCAUGGUGUUGCCGCGGGCAGGCGAGGGCGAACCGCAGCCACGUUUGAUGGGGCCUCGCUGCGCCAUGCCGAACGCCGCAAGCAAUCCGCGAAUCCGAGCUGUGUGGGCCCGGGCCCAGCGCCUGCUAGUCCUGGGCAAAGAGGUUGGCGGCAGCUGGAAAGAACAGGCCCAAGACUUCCUGCGGACCUUGACACGGUUGUGGGGUUUGCGCGCGGUGCGCCGCUGCGGGCGAGUGGCUGGGAGCGUCGGUGCAUUAUAA